CAAACAGUGACAUGUGGAAGGUCUGAGCCCUCUCCCACCUUCGCCGGGACACCAUGGACACCGAAGCCGUGCAGCCCCAGGAGGCUUCGCUGACGGUCAACGAGCAGGUUAUUGUCAUGUCCAGCCAUGAAACCAUCCGAGUGCUGGAGGUCGGCGUGGACACCCCGCUCCCGGCCGAGGAGGACCGGAAAGCCUUGGAGAUGCCACCAGGGGAGGUAGCGCGGGGCUCCCUGGGAGAGAGUGGCCACCCGGGCAGAGAGGAUGUCCUACCCAGCACCCAGAGCUCAUGCAGCGGGGAGGCAGCCGGCAAAGCCAAACCGGCGGCCGGAGUGUCCCCCAGCACCGUCCACUCCGUCGGCACCUUCAGCCACGCCACGAGCCAGCAGCCGCAGACGUUGGCCCCGCUGGCCGUGCAAGCCACCCCGCAGGUCUUGACUCAGGAAAACUUAGCAACAGUUGUGACAGGAGUAAUGGUUCCAGCAGGGACAGUUACUCAACCUCUUCUUAUCCCCAUCAGUAUUGCAGGUCAAGUGGCAGGUCAGCAGGGGCUGGCUGUGUGGACAUUUCCUACAGCAACGGUCGCUGCCCUUCCCGGAUUGACGGCUGCUUCUCCUACAGGGGGAAUUUUCAAACCGCCUAUAGCCAAUUUGCAAGCCGCUGCCGUACUGAACACAGCCAUCCAAGCGCCGGUACAGCCUGCCCAGCCGCUGCAGGCUGCGGUCCAGCCACGGCCCCCCCUCCAGUCCCCCAGCGUCUUCCCUGCUGCGCCCGGCCAGCCCCCCAUCCUGCCACAGCCCGCCGCAGCGCCCACGCCGCCCGUGGCCAAGCCUUUAGAGACGCAGACCCAGAUCACCGUCCAACCUGCCGGAUUUGCCUUUAACCCUGGCAUAAUCAGCGCGGCUUCUCUGGGGGGCCAAACCCAGCUCCUCGGCUCCUUGGCAGCCACCCCCGUGAUUGCAAACGCCAUCUCCAGUGUGCAGGGCAUCACGGGCCAGAUCCUGACCAACGCCCAGGGCCAGGUGAUCGGGACGCUGCCGUGGGUGGUGAACCCCCCCGGGAUGGCGGCAGCCAGCCCUGCCCCGGCCGCGCUGCCGGCCCAGAAUCUGCAGGUGCAGACGGUGACGCCCCAGCUGCUGCUCAACGCCCAGGGCCAGGUCAUCGCCACGCUGGCCGGCAGCGCCAUCCAGGCGGCCGCCAUCAAGAAAACCGGCACCCCCGAGCCCCCCACCAAGAACGAGGUCCAGCCCAUCCAGCCGGCCCCGGCUCUCUCCCAGCCGGCCGUGGUGAUGGCAAACCCUGCCGCCACGGUGAAGGCUUCCUCCGUGCCCGUCCCCAUCACCUGCUCGGAGACCCCCACCGUCAGCCAGCUGGUCUCCAAGCCCCCCGCUCCCAACAGCAGCGCGGAGGAGGACGGGAUUAACCUGGAGGAGAUCCGGGAAUUCGCCAAGAACUUCAAGAUCCGACGCUUGUCCCUCGGCCUGACACAGACACAGGUGGGACAGGCCCUGACGGCCACCGAGGGACCUGCCUACAGCCAGUCGGCCAUCUGCAGGUUCGAGAAGCUGGACAUCACCCCCAAGAGCGCCCAGAAGCUGAAACCGGUGCUGGAGAAGUGGUUGAGCGAAGCCGAGCUCCGUAACCAAGAGGGGCAACAAAACCUGAUGGAAUUCGUGGGGGGGGAACCCUCCAAAAAGCGGAAGCGCCGUACCUCCUUCACCCCCCAAGCCAUCGAGGCUCUCAACGCCUACUUCGAGAAGAACGCCUUGCCCACCGGCCAGGAGAUCACCGAGAUCGCCAAGGAGCUCAACUACGACCGCGAGGUCGUCCGCGUCUGGUUCUGCAACCGCCGGCAGACCCUCAAAAACACCAGUAAACUCAACGUCUUUCAGAUCCCCUAAACGGGGGACGGGGAUGGGGACGUCCCCCCACCCUCCGUGGCCCACCCCGA